GAGCCUGAGCCUGAGCCUGAGCCUGAGCCUGAGCCUGAGCCUGAGCCUGAGCCUGAGCCUGAGCCUGAGCCUGAGCCUGAGCCUGAGCCUGAGCCUGAGCCUGAGCCUGAGCCUGAGCCUGAGCCUGAGCCUGAGCCUGAGCCUGAGCCUGAGCCUGAGCCUGAGCCUGAGCCUGAGCCUGAGCCUGAGCCUGAGCCUGAGCCUGAGCCUGAGCCUGAGCCUGAGCCUGAGCCUGAGCCUGAGCCUGAGCCUGAGCCUGAGCCUGAGCCUGAGCCUGAGCCUGAGCCUGAGCCUGAGCCUGAGCCUGAGCCUGAGCCUGAGCCUGAGCCUGAGCCUGAGCCUGAGCCUGAGCCUGAGCCUGAGCCUGAGCCUGAGCCUGAGCCUGAGCCUGAGCCUGAGCCUGAGCCUGAGCCUGAGCCUGAGCCUGAGCCUGAGCCUGAGCCUGAGCCUGAGCCUGAGCCUGAGCCUGAGCCUGAGCCUGAGCCUGAGCCUGAGCCUGAGCCUGAGCCUGAGCCUGAGCCUGAGCCUGAGCCUGAGCCUGAGCCUGAGCCUGAGCCUGAGCCUGAGCCUGAGCCUGAGCCUGAGCCUGAGCCUGAGCCUGAGCCUGAGCCUGAGCCUGAGCCUGAGCCUGAGCCUGAGCCUGAGCCUGAGCCUGAGCCUGAGCCUGAGCCUGAGCCUGAGCCUGAGCCUGAGCCUGAGCCUGAGCCUGAGCCUGAGCCUGAGCCUGAGCCUGAGCCUGAGCCUGAGCCUGAGCCUGAGCCUGAGCCUGAGCCUGAGCCUGAGCCUGAGCCUGAGCCUGAGCCUGAGCCUGAGCCUGAGCCUGAGCCUGAGCCUGAGCCUGAGCCUGAGCCUGAGCCUGAGCCUGAGCCUGAGCCUGAGCCUGAGCCUGAGCCUGAGCCUGAGCCUGAGCCUGAGCCUGAGCCUGAGCCUGAGCCUGAGCCUGAGCCUGAGCCUGAGCCUGAGCCUGAGCCUGAGCCUGAGCCUGAGCCUGAGCCUGAGCCUGAGCCUGAGCCUGAGCCUGAGCCUGAGCCUGAGCCUGAGCCUGAGCCUGAGCCUGAGCCUGAGCCUGAGCCUGAGCCU